AUGUCUUUUCACAAGACUUUUAGGAUCAAGCAAUUCCUGACCAAGAAACAAAAGCAAAAUCAUCCCAUUGCCCAGUGGAUUUGGAUGAAAACUGGUAAUAAAAUCAGGUACAACUCUAAGAAGAGACACUGGAGAAGAACCAAGCUGGGUCUCUAA